CAAAAAUUAAGGUAUCAUCUGCAGCAACGUAGAAUGUGGGUGUUUUGUGUUGUACACCGGUAACUUCAUUCGGUUUAUCUGUCAAAAUUGUUUUAAAAUGUCAGCUCCGGUUCUAAACUACCGGACAAGGGGAUGGCUUCGGAUGUCUGUGGAGAAGCAGGACACAUUGCUAAAAAUGGCUGUUUUGUCAUUAGCAGCAGUUUUAUCAUUCUCGUGCAGACUAUUCUCUGUCUUACGAUUUGAGUCUGUUAUCCACGAAUUUGAUCCAUAUUUCAACUACCGAACAACUAAGUUUCUCGCAGAGGAAGGUUUCUACAAUUUCCACAAUUGGUUUGAUGACAGGGCAUGGUACCCCUUAGGCAGAAUUAUUGGAGGUACAAUUUAUCCAGGCUUGAUGGUAACUUCAGCUUCUAUAUAUCAUGUACUGAAUUGGUUGAACAUUACUAUUGAUGUACGCAAUGUUUGCGUCUUCCUUGCUCCAUUUUUCUCGUCCUUGACCACACUUGUUACCUAUCACCUAGCUAAGGAACUCAAGGGCCCUGGAGCAGGAUUGGUAGCUGCAGUCAUGAUUGCCAUUGUACCAGGGUACAUCUCACGUUCAGUUGCUGGCUCCUAUGAUAAUGAAGGAAUUGCUAUCUUCUGUAUGUUGUUGACCUACUACAUGUGGAUUAAAGCAGUCAAGACAGGCACACUUUUUUGGUCUACCAUGGCAGCUUUGGCAUAUUUUUACAUGGUAUCGUCUUGGGGUGGUUAUGUAUUCCUCAUCAACAUCAUUCCUUUGCAUGUGUUGACACUCAUGAUAACGGGCAGAUUUUCACACAGGGUGUACGUAGCAUACUCAACCUUGUAUGUCAUUGGUACUAUACUUUCGAUGCAGAUAUCAUUUGUGGGCUUCCAACCAGUAUCUACAUCUGAACAUAUGGGUGCCUUUGGAGUAUUUGGACUAUGUCAGAUACAUGCCUUUGUUGACUGUGUUCGUUCCCGCCUCAAUAAGGUCCAAUUUGAGGUACUCUUCAGAGCUGUGAUAUCUACCGUUGCACUUACAGGUGUCCUUGCCUUGGUAGUUCUCACAGCUAUGGGCAAAAUUGCUCCUUGGACUGGAAGAUUUUAUUCCCUUCUUGAUCCCUCUUAUGCCAAGAACAAUAUUCCUAUUAUUGCAUCUGUAUCAGAACAUCAGCCCACAGCUUGGUCUUCAUUUUACUUUGACCUUCAGAUGUUGACGUUCAUGUUCCCAGUUGGCUUGUACUUCUGCUUCUCAAAGCUUACAGAUGAAAACAUCUUCAUCAUUUUGUAUGGCGUCCUCAGUAUUUAUUUUGCUGGUGUGAUGGUCCGUCUCAUGUUGGUUUUGGCACCUGUAAUGUGCAUCUUGUCAGGUAUUGCAGUUUCUUCUAUGCUCUCAACAUACAUGAAACAGAUAGAUGAAGUCAAGGCAGAGAAGAAGAAGGCCAGGUUUGAAGGCAAUUACUUCAUGAGAAGUGAGAUUGCUACUAUGUUUGUGUGUAUCAUGUCCAUAUUUUUGGUGAUGUAUACACUGCAUUGUACUUGGGUUACUUCAGAGGCAUAUAGCUCCCCUUCCAUUGUUCUCUCAGCUCGAGGACAUGAUGGAUCAAGGAUUAUAUUUGAUGACUUCAGAGAAGCAUACUACUGGUUACGCCACAACACACCUGAGGAUGCAAAAGUGAUGUCAUGGUGGGAUUAUGGUUACCAAAUAACAGCAAUGGCAAACCGAACCAUAUUAGUUGAUAAUAACACUUGGAACAAUACUCAUAUAUCACGUGUUGGCCAGGCAAUGGCCAGCACAGAAGAUAAAGCUUAUGAAAUAAUGCGGGAACUGGAUGUUGACUACGUGCUUGUCAUAUUUGGCGGCCUCACUGGUUACUCUUCAGAUGAUAUCAACAAAUUUUUAUGGAUGGUUCGAAUUGGAGGUAGCACAGACAAGGGUGCUCACAUCAAGGAGCAUGAUUACUAUACUCCUGCUGGAGAGUUUCGCGUCGACAAAGAAGGGUCACCGACGUUACUAAAUUGCCUGAUGUACAAAAUGUGUUAUUACAGAUUUGGACAAGUUUAUACUGAAGGAGGUAAGCCUCCUGGUUAUGACAGAGUUAGAAAUGUUGAAAUAGGAAAUAAAGAUUUUGAGCUGGAUGUUUUAGAAGAGGCUUAUACUACUGAACAUUGGAUUGUUAGAAUUUAUAAAGUAAAAGACUUGCCCAAUAGAGGUGCAUAACUUUCAUGGUUGUAUAGUAAAUUAAAAAAUUGAUACUAAAAUUAUGUAUUAUCUACAAAGUUAUUUUUAAUCAAAUACAUUCCUCCAUACAUAAUUUUUUGCAGUUUUACACUGAGAAUGAGAAGAAAACCAUUUGUACUGCUCAGGACAUUCAAAACUUUUGGUUGGUUGUGGUUUAUGUCCAGCAAUAAAGACGUGAGAUUAUGUUGGGUCCAUAAAAAAAUUCAGUGGUGUUCUGUUUUUGUGUUUAUGUAUACCAAUGUUAAGACAUAAUUAAAAGUUGGUAACAUUUUAGGUAUUGUUCAGCUUGACAUUUGGGUUUUUGUUUUUGGUAUGGUGGGCUGCUAUUUCAAACUUUGUUGGCUAUCUUUCAUGUUUCAUGUUUAUAACAUGAAUUAAUUUAAUCUCGGUGGCACAUUAAACUCCUUUGUGUUUAGGAUUGUCUGACUAUAACCAUUUAACAAACAUAUCAACAAGUAUGUUACAUAAUGGUGGGUCAGAGCAUAAGACUAUAAAAUGUAUUCAGUGAUUGUGACAUGCAAGUUUUAGUCCACUUGUUGCAUCCGAAUGAAAUUUGUUUCCUUGAAGUGUAUAAGUUCUGUUGAACUUCCUUGGCAAAUAAUGCUGAUUAUUAGAAGUAUGUAUGUAUUGAUCUGUAUUUCAGUUUUCUUUGAAAGAGUGUAUCUAUAGAUAAAUAAAAUUCCAGUGGAAAUCAUUAGUAAAUUUUUGUAAUUAUAUUUCUUUGACUUGAGUUGGUGAGUGUUAGUUGUACAGCAGUGGACAUUUUGUAUCAUCUUUAUCAUUUUCAUUAAAAUAAAGUUCACACCAUGAGUAGUCUUUUAGAAUUUUGUUUUAGAUAUUUUGGUGUGAAUUUUAUUUUAUACAGUAUUCAUUUAUACAUUUUUGUUGUGAGUUUGUGUGCACAUUGAUAUUUUAAAAUACUUACUGAAUUGAAGACGAUGUUCAUUGGGGACUUACUUUCAGUUAGUAUUUUGGUCUUGGUCCAAAUUAAGUGUUGACUUGAGAGCACAAUGGUUACAAUGUAUUGUAAUUUCUUAGGUUUAGAGACUUGAGUUAAAUCUAUAUUUGAGUAACUACAUGUUGGCAUAAAACAUUUUCUACUAAGUAUAUUGAGGAUGGAUUUUUUUUAUCUAAAUAAAUCUGAAUAUGU